AUGCUUAAAACUGAUUUAAAUAAUGAGAUGAUAUCAGAUGUAAACUAUAAUUUUAAAAUAUUUGAUAUACUAUUUGCACAACAUGAUCAGACUUUAACUGUUUCUAGAUUGUGUAACCAAAUUCAAUUUAAUUCAGUGCAAGAAUGUAGAGAGAUUUUAAAACUGUAUAGGGAGAGUGAACAAUAUGGGAAAUAUUGUGAACUUAUAUAUCUAAUUACUAUUAUUGAUGAUAAUGGUGAUAAUAUAACAAUGAAAGUUAUAGAUGAAACAGAUUUAAGUUUAUAUACAUCUAAAAUCAUUGAAAAAUUUAUAUAUGGGAUUAAACAAAAGAAUAUUGAUAUAAAUGAUUCAAUAGCUAAUAAUCAAGUACAUUUUCAUUUAGAAUGUGAAGAAAUUCGAAGAAAUAUCUUAGCUACAAAAUUAUUACCAAAUAAAUUAUGGAUUUCUAAGUAUUCAUUAUUUAGAGAAUCUGCAAGUCCAAAACUUCGUUAUUCAUCUUCAUUAAACCAAGAUUAUAGUAUGAUUAAUAAUAAUUUAGAUAUAUCUAAAACAGAAUUAUAUCCAAUUAUAUCAAACAAUAAUUCUAAAGAUAAUACUAUUAAUACAGACCCAUACCCAUUAUCAAUUUCUUUAGAGACUAAUAUUGAUAAUUCUUUAUAUACCACUUCUAAUCUUAAAAAUGACUUGAAUAUAGAUAUAAAUAUGAAUAAUACUUUUAAUGAAAAUAACCAAGUAUAUAAUAUCAAAGAUAUUAAUAUUGAUGAUAAAAGAACUGUAGAUAUUAUUAUGGAUGAAUCACCAUCCAAAAUAUCUAUAAAUAAUAAUGAAAAUUUAUUAUUUAAUGAUGAAUCUAAUGAUAAUUUAGGUUCAAAUAAUUCUAAUAAUUCAAAUUUAUUAUUAUAUUCUGAAAAUGAGAUAAAUAAUGAUAAUUCUUUAGAAAAGAAAUCUUCUAAGGGAAGAAAAAAAAAAUCAUCUUUAUUUGAUGAAAACAAUAAUAUUGAUAAUAAAAAAAGUAUACAUUAUAAUAAAUCUAAAAACUCUGAAUUAUCAUAUGAAGUAUUAAAUAAAAAAAAGAAAGUAGAUUUAGAAAAUAAAUUGGAUGAUAACAAUGAACAUAAAUAUAAUCCACAACAAGUUGAUGCUAUAAAUUUAGAAAAAAUAACUCGUGAUAAAAUAUAUAAAGAUUCAAAAACCGGAUAUUUAGUAGUAGAAGAUGAUGUAGAUUUUAUAUUAAGUAAAGAAAAAUCAACAUAUAUGACAAAAAAACAAACAUCUAAUGGUCAUAACAAAAUAAUAAAAUCAAUUAAUAAUGCUAAAAAACAUUCUGAUACUAAACAACAAACUUUGACAUCAUUUUUUAAAGUAUGUAAAUAA